CGAGGGCAAGAGCCCUCCAAGUCCGUGAGCAGUGGCAGCCGCGACCGCGGGUCCGUUCUGUUACUGCGCCCAGAUUUUAUUGUUCUGAUAUCAUCAACCUAUCUUCUGACCGCUGGCUAGUAUUAAGAUUCUUCAGCUUGUUGUCUCUAACGGAGGAAGCAUUGAUUGAGAACUACUCAUUCAGAAAAUUAAAAGAAAGAAGCCAGAACAUAUUAUCAACCUUUUGAGGACACAACAUAACAAACUUGACUAUUUUACCACUUUCUUGAAUAGGAGAAAUUACAGGGCUUUGAAGAAUGGCAGACGAACGGAAAGAUGAAGCCAAGGCGCCACACUGGACCUCGGCUCAGCUCACAGAGGCUUCUGCACAUCCACAUCCACCUGAGAUGAAGGACCAAGGCGGGGCAGGGGAAGGACUUGUCCGAAGCRCCAAUGGAUUCCCAUACAGAGAGGAUGAAGAGGGCACCUUUGGAGAGCAUGGGUCACAGGGCACCUACUCGGAUACCAAAGAGAAUGGGAUCAAUGGAGAGCUGACCUCAGCUGACAGAGAAACAGCAGAGGAGGUGUCUGCAAGAAUAGUUCAAGUAGUCACUGCCGAGGCUGUAGCAGUCCUGAAAGGCGAGCAAGAGAAAGAAGCUCAGCACAAAGAUCAGCCUGCACCUCUGCCUUUAGCAGCUGAAGAGACAGCUCAUCUGCCCCCUUCUCCGCCCCCAUCGCCAGCCUCAGAGCAGACAGUCACCGUGGAGGAAGAUUUACUUACAGCCUCGAAGAUGGAGUUUCCCGAUCAACAGGCAUUGACUUCCUCUACAGCUGAACCUUCAGACCAAAAGGAAAAGGAGUCAAAGACACAAAGUAAGCCUGGUGAAGACCUUAAACAUGCUGCCUUAGUUCCUCAGCCGGAGACAACUAAAAUUUCCUCUGAGAUAAAGGACAUGCAAAGAACAGAAGGAGAUGAGGUACCUCCUGCUCUGUUUGGGCACCCUCUUGGUGACAGCCUCGAAGACAUAAAACAGAAGACAGAACCAAGCCUAGUAGUGCCUGGCAUUGGCCUCUCUGCAGAGCCUCCAACUCCAAAAGAGCAAAAAGACUGGUUCAUUGAAAUGCCAAUGGAAACAAAAAAGGAUGAGUGGGGUUUAGCUGCUCCAAUAUCUCCUGGCCCUCUGACACCCAUGAGAGAGAAAGAUGUACUCGAAGAUAUCCCAAGAUGGGAGGGGAAGCAGUUUGAUUCUCCCAUGCCCAGUCCUUUCCAAGCAGGAAGUUUCACUCUUCCUGUAGAUGUCAUGAAGAAUGAAAUAGUCACAGAAGCAACACCCUUUGCCCCUGUCCUCUUACAACCAGAUGACAAAAAAUCUCUACAAGAAACCAGUGGCCCAGCUACUGCCAAAGAUAGUUCUGAUGUUGAAGAGCCACCAAAAGAUAAACCUGACAAAAUGGCAGAAACACCAGCCUCAGAAGCAAUCCCCUCCUCACCCAGAGAUGCUCACUUUCCAGUUGUGGAAGAAUCUGUCAUAGAGAAAAUUUUCGGGGAAGAGGGGGAGGGCAUAAAACAAGAGAAAAAGGAGACUUUCACCCCCUUUGGACAGGAACCUACACUUUUUGAAAAGGAACCUCAGCCAAAGCAUGAAGAUAAAACUAUCGUUUCUGACAAAGAGGCUGCACCAAAAGAGAUUGAACCCUUAAAAUCAAGAGAUGAAGAAACAGGUGUAACUCAGACCUCCACAGAGUACACUUUCUCAAAAGAAGAACAGAAAGACCAGGAGCAUACUAUAAGUGUGCUGAAAGAGGACUCCUUCCCUGCAGUUACCGAUUCCACCAUGACCUCUAAGACCUUGGAAAAAGUCAUGCCAGAACCAGCUGCACUGAGUGAGAAGAGUGCAGCCCAGGAACUUUUUGAAGAGAAAGUUGCUGACAAAGACCAUAAGAUUGAAGGAGCCGAGGCUGCGACAUCAGCUGAGGUUGGCAUGCCAUUUUAUGAAGAUAAGUCAGGAAUGUCCAAGUACUUUGAAACCUCUGCCUUGAAAGAGGAAGUGACAAAAAGCAUUCAGCUGGGUAGCGAUUAUUACGAACUAAGUGACACAAGAGAAAGUGCCCGUGAGUCUAUUGAUACUGUGUCUCCCAAGCAUCAAAAUGGUGACAAGGGAUUUCAAGCAGAAAAAGAAUCCCAGCCCAGUGCUCCAGCACAAGAAGCCGGGUACAGCACUCUUGCCCAGAGUUAUCCGUCCGAAGUAUCUGAAGAACCCAGUUCUCCCCAAGAAAGAAUGUUCACUAUUGAUCCAAAAGUAUAUGGAGAGAAACGGGACCUCCACAGCAAGAAUAAGGAUGAUCUGACUCUUAGUAGAAGUUUAGGACUUGGCGGUAGGUCUGCAAUAGAACAAAGAAGCAUGUCCAUCAAUUUGCCGAUGUCUUGCCUGGAUUCCAUAGCACUUGGAUUUAACUUUGGUCGGGGUCAUGAUCUUUCUCCUCUGGCUUCUGAUAUUCUGACCAACACAAGUGGAAGCAUGGAUGAAGGGGACGAUUAUCUUCCAGCUACCACACCUGCAAUGGAGAAAGCCCCUUCCUUCCCAAUAGAAAGCAAAGAUGAAGAAGAAAAAGUACAAGAUGAGAAAACUACCGGAGAGGAAACUACUCAAGUUGAGACCACCUCUGAGUCCCCUUUCCUAGCCAAAGAUUAUUACAAAAAUGGUACUGUCAUGGCCCCCGACCUACCUGAAAUGCUAGAUCUGGCAGGCACAAGGUCAAGAUUAGCUUCUGUGAGUGCAGAUGCUGAGGUGGCCAGGAGGAAAUCAGUUCCAUCUGAGACUGUGGUAGAGGAGAGCAGUACUGGCUUGCCACCCGUAACGGAUGAAAACCAUGUCGUUGUGAAAACAGACAGUCAGCUCGAAGACCUGGGCUACUGUGUGUUCAACAAAUACACAGUCCCGCUCCCAUCACCUGUCCAAGACAGUGAGAAUUUKUCAGGAGAGAGCGGUUCUUUUUAUGAAGGAACUGAUGAUAAAGUUCGAAGAGAUUUGGCCACAGACCUUUCACUGAUCGAAGUAAAACUGGCAGCUGCUGGAAGAGUCAAAGAUGAGUUCAGUGCUGAGAAGGAAGCAUCCCCUCCUACCUCUGGUGACAAGGCAGGACUGGGUCGAGAGUUUGACCAGGAGAGGAAAGCUAAUGAUAAGCUGGAUACAGUAUUAGAAAAGGGUGAAGAACAUGCCGAUUUAAAAGAACAUGCAAAGGAGACAGAAGAGGCUGGUGGUAAAGUGGAGACAUUUGGAUUAGGGCUAAUCCAUGAACAAGCUUCUGCCCAAGAACUGCCAAUAUCAAAAGAGGUAUCAUCAGAGAAAGAGGAGAAAGGUCUUAGUACAGUGCCAGAGGUAGCCGAGGUAGAAUCAUCCARAAAGGCUGAACAAGGACCUGACUUCACUGCGAAGAAAGCUGAUCAGGGCCAAUUCGAUAUUAAAGUCAGUGACUUUGGACAGAUGGCUUCAGGGCUGAAUGUUGAUGAUGGAAAGACCACAGAACUUCAACUGGAGGCUGCACAGGAGUUGGUGCCUUCAUCCAAAGUGCCACAGGAGGCAGAUGCAUUCCUGGGUAUUGAGGCUGGCCAUGUGAAAGAAGUUGCCAAAGUUAAUGAAACAGAGGUCAAAGAGAAGGUGGCCAAGCCUGACUUGGUGCACCAGGAAGCUGUAGACAAAGAGGAAUCCUAUGAAUCUAGCGGGGAGCAUGAAAGCCUUACCAUGGAGUCCUUGAAACCCGAUGAGGGCAAAAAGGAAACAUCUCCAGAAUCAUCUCUAAUUCAAGAUGAAGUUGCCAUCAAAUUAUCCGUGGAAAUACCCUGCCCCCCUGCUGUCUCAGAGGCUGACUUAGCMGCAGAUGAGAAAGCUGAGGUCCAGAUGGAAUUUAUUCAGCUGCCAAAGGAGGACAGCAAAGAGACCCCUGAUAUAUCAGUGACGCCCUCCGAUGUUGCCGAACCAGUGCUUGAAGCAGCGGUUGUGUCUGAACCAGCAGAGGCUGAGGAAGAAGAAAUAGAAGCCCGGGGCGAAUAUGAUAAGCUGCUCUUCCGCUCAGACACCCUCCAGAUCACCGACCUGGGUAUCCCAGGUGUCAGGGAGGAAUUUGUAGAGACCUGCCCAGGUGAACAUAAAGGAGUGAUUGAGUCCGUGGUGACCAUCGAGGAUGAUUUCAUCACGGUAGUGCAAACCACAACCGAUGAAGGAGAGUCAGGUUCCCACAGUGUGCGUUUUGCAGCCCUAGAACAGCAUGAGGUGGAAAGGAGACCAUCCCCUCGUGAUGAAGAAGAGCUGGAAAUAGAAGUGGCAGCAGAAGCCCAGGCAGAACCUAAGGAUGGCUCCCCAGAGGCUCCAGCUUCCCCAGAGAGAGAAGAAAUCGGACUUUCAGAGUAUAAGACAGAAACCUACGACGAUUACAAAGACGAGACCACCAUCGAUGACUCCAUUAUGGAUGCUGACAGCCUCUGGGUGGAUACUCAAGAUGAUGAUAGAAGCAUCAUGACAGAACAGUUAGAAACUAUUCCUAAAGAGGAGAAAGCUGAAAAGGAAGCUCGGAGACCAUCUCUCGAGAAACAUAGAAAAGAAAAGCCCUUUAAAACUGGGAGAGGCAGAAUUUCCACUCCUGAAAGAAAAAUAGCUAAAAAGGAACCUAGCACAGUCUCCCGGGAUGAAGUGAGAAGGAAAAAAGCAGUUUAUAAGAAGGCUGAACUUGCUAAAAAAUCAGAAGUUCAGGCCCACUCUCCCUCCAGGAAAUUCAUUUUAAAACCUGCUAUCAAAUAUACUAGACCAACUCAACUCUCCUGUGUUAAGCGGAAAACGACAGCAGCCAGUGGUGAAUCAGCUCACGCUCCCAGUGUUUUCAAACACGCGAAGGACAAGGUCUCUGAUGGAGUAACCAAGAGCCCAGAAAAGCGCUCUUCUCUCCCAAGACCUUCCUCCAUUCUGCCUCCUCGCAGAGGAGUAUCAGGAGACAGAGAUGAGAAUUCCUUCUCUCUCAACAGUUCCAUCUCCUCUUCAGCGCGGCGGACCACUAGGUCAGAGCCAAUUCGCAGAGCAGGGAAAAGUGGCACCUCAACACCCACUACCCCUGGAUCGACUGCCAUCACCCCUGGCACCCCACCAAGCUACUCUUCACGCACCCCAGGCACUCCUGGAACCCCCAGCUACCCCAGAACUCCUCACACACCAGGAACCCCCAAGUCUGCCAUUCUGGUGCCCAGUGAGAAGAAAGUCGCCAUCAUUCGCACUCCUCCCAAAUCUCCUGCCACUCCCAAGCAGCUUCGGCUUAUUAACCAACCACUGCCAGACCUGAAGAAUGUCAAAUCCAAAAUCGGAUCAACAGACAACAUCAAAUACCAGCCUAAAGGGGGGCAGGUACAAAUUGUCACCAAGAAGAUAGACUUAAGCCAUGUGACAUCCAAAUGUGGCUCACUGAAGAAUAUUCGCCACAGACCAGGUGGUGGACGUGUGAAAAUUGAGAGUGUAAAACUGGAUUUCAAAGAAAAAGCCCAAGCGAAAGUGGGAUCACUUGACAACGCCCACCAUGUACCUGGAGGUGGUAAUGUCAAGAUUGACAGCCAAAAGUUGAACUUCAGAGAGCACGCUAAGGCCCGCGUGGACCACGGGGCUGAGAUCAUUACGCAGUCCCCAGGCAGAUCCAGCGUGGCAUCACCCCGGCGACUCAGCAACGUCUCCUCAUCUGGAAGCAUCAACCUGCUCGAAUCUCCUCAGCUUGCCACUUUGGCUGAGGAUGUCACUGCGGCACUCGCUAAGCAGGGCUUAUGAAUACUUCUCAUCUAGCACUGGAGUCAUAAUAUUUAGGCAUGAGCUCUUGGCAGGAGUGGGCUCUGAGCAGGUGUUACAUCCAUUCUUUACAAACCAUAAGAUAAAUAAUCUCAUCCCCAAACUGUAGUAAUUGUUAAAAUUUUAUUAAAAAAAUGAAUAGUAUAUGCAGAAAUUGACCUGAUUUCCAUUUUCAACAGGAACAUACUGGCUUUACAUGGGUUCAAUUGGACAGUUAUUUUCGCUCUGCUCUGUUUUGCAUGGAGUAUUAUUAUUAUUUUAAAAGUUGCAUUUUUACCUUUCAUGUGCCUGAAGGCUACCCACUACAUUCUGAAAGGCCUUGUUAAAAAUYCAAGCUGCUCAUUUCAAUGUUCUGUUUCUGGGCGAAAAGAUAAAAACUGCCCAUUGUAACUUAUUUCAGGUUAAAUUAAAUCAAGAAGUCUGAUUGCAGGAAGGGAAGAGCAUGUAAGAAAUACGUUUUUUUAAAGUGUUAUUUUGUAUAAAUGGGAAGAAAGAUGCAAUUAAGUUAUUAACAUUUGGGACCUGGAUAAUUAUAUCAGAGUAUGUCAAUCCAAUAAAUUAUUUAACUAACUAAAAACUAGUUACAAAGCAUUUGGGCUGUGGUUAAGGAAGUGGUGUAAAAGUGCAUCUCUUAGGAAUGACGCACUUUCAUUAGGAUGGACUCAUGUCUGAUUAGAAUGUCAGUUGAUUGGCUAGAUUUGUGUCCACACUACCAGUUUCACACCCCCUUUCCAUCUGUUUGAUACAGUAUUAUAGAUAUAAAUAUAUAUAUAUUUCUCUGUGGCCAUUUGUGAUACUUCCUCAUAUACUUGAAUAUUAUACUUCUUUAUUCACAGUAUCUGUGUCUCCUGCACCCUUUGGUGUUGCGAUUUUAGGUAUGUGAAAGUAGAUGUUAGCAGGGUUCUCUUCCCUAUU